UUGCUCUUGUGCGCCGCUCUCCUCCCGGGAUGGUAAGUGUUUAGCAUCGAGCGCACCCGGUCCGCCCGGCACGCGAAUCCAGCUUUCUCCCUCUGACCGACGGCAAGACUCUCAAUAAGAAACAAGAAGAGACGCACAUGAAGGAUAAGUGAAGACGCUGCGUCACUGGCCCCGGAGUGAGGAUCUCCUUCUGUCUAAUCCUUCUCAUCAUCCCUCCUCCGAUCCUUCGUCCCAACUUCUGUGCGAUGGACCGUCUGGAGAAAAGCUAAUAACAGGAGUCCCCGUCAGGACCCCUAGGCGUCCCUGUGCCCGCCUGCCAAAAACGUCUGCAUCUCCUGGACCCCCUCGAGGCAGGGGACAGCCAAAUGUCACUUGGACCCUCUACAGAGUGCUAACCAGGCAGCACCGUAACAUGAAGUCAUGGAGGAGCGAAAGCUGAAGAGAAAGAGUCCCAGGUCCUCUACCAACGCAGCGGCUCCGACGGGCGGCUCUGGCCGGAAGAGCAGCGCUGCCUCCGGGGGAAGACACGUCGGAUACAGCCACAACACGGGGACUCACUCCAGCCAGAAGAGCAAGAAUAGGAGGGGAGCUAAACCCAGGUAUCAGCUGGGUGCGGGUGGGAAGGCCAGUCAGAGCCAGGGACAGGCAGCACCCAUCAUCCAGCACUCCUUUUUAACUGAUGUCUCAGAUGUACAGGAGAUGGAGAAUGGCCUCCUCGGCCUCCUCAAUGACUUCCACUCAGGGAAACUCCAAGCUUUUGGUAACGAGUGCUCCAUUGGCCAGAUGGAGCAUGUGAGAGAGAUGCAGGAGAAGUUGGCACGUUUGCACUUUGAUCUCUAUGGUGAGGUGGAUGAAAUGCCUGAAGACCAGAGAAAAAUGGCCCGUGACACCAAUAUGGACAAGUUACUUCUUAAUCUGGAGGAGCUCAGUUCUUCGAUUCAGAAACUGAAUCUAGCAGACAGCCAGGAGAUCCCAAGGACUGCCAGCAUGUGAAAUUCUCCUUUCCUCUCCUUCUCUUCUCAACCACAUCUUGACUCAACUAUUUGUUUUACACCACCCGGAGAGACUGCAAUAGAGAAGUAGAGUUGGAGCAAAGUCGUCGGCACUAUUUUGAAAAAAGUAUUUUGAAAUGAUAUCAAAGCUGUUCACCAGCGUUCCCUGUCUGUACAGGGUGGAGUGGAUGUAUUAUUAGAUGCACUGACUUAUUUUUAACAGAGUAUACCAGCUGUGUGCGCUAAAUGCAGUUGCUGAUAUUGAGAAGAAAAUGGUACCAGUCUUAUAUUACUAAACACCAAUAUUAUAAUCCACUCAUUGAUGUAUGGUCUAAUUUUAUCACCCUGUCUGAUGUAUCAGACACAGCAUAAUAUAUUUUAUCUACGGUCAAUGUUCUAUAUAGAGAGUUUUCGACACAUAAGACUGUAGGCUGCAUUCCCAUCGUGGUCAGUUUUUAAUAACCAAAGUGAUAUUUUGGCCAGCAGUUGAUUAAUUCACAAGUGUUCACUGUUUCACUUGUGAACUGAUGUCAGACUUUUAACAGUUAUUAGAUUUAAGCUCAUUCUUUUGCACUUUUGUCAAUCGUUGUCUUUGAAGACACAAUUUAAAGCCCCAGAGCUAAACUAAUAAGAACAUAUAGAUGGAGGGAUAAUUACUUAUCACUACAGAGCUUUAAAAAUUAGUUUGAAUUUUAGCUGUUAGGAAAAACCUAAACAUAUUUCCUGAUUAUAUUAAUGCAAAAUGAUAUUUAAAUGCACAGUAGAUUCUGACCAAACUGUGCUGUGACCCCAGUUUGAGAGAGUGAAUGAGAGUUGCCUGAUAAUCACCUCCAACACAUUGUUCGGUGUUGAAUACAUUUGCACAUAUCCAUGCCACAUGCAAAACACAUCGUCACUGUGGCUGCAAAAGACUGAGUAAUCCAAAUGUCGACGUCACGACCAUGCCUUAAUUCCUAAUUUAAUCAUUUUUGCCUUAUUUGUUUUAACCUUUUAAGUGACUUCCAUAAAGCAUGUUGAUUUUAGUUUUUGGGUUCUCCGAGCACAGGAAAAAAAUAAUCAUUUUUAUGCUGUUUUGAUUGUAAAUCUUAUCCUAUUUUCACAUCUUAUUUUAACCAGUGUUGUUGGGGGGUUGGGGUGUAAUGAUUGUUUAUUGAGGCGUUUUACAGUUUGAACUGUUUGGUGAUUUUUAUUUUUAUUUACUUAUUAAUAAAUGUGUUGUCUGGA